CACAUGUGAGGGGUGAUGACCAGAAGAUAGAGGACAUUCCUACAGAUAACCACCCAGAUGACUGUACCAGGAGUUCAGAGGGACGUGUGAUAACAUCCAAUCAUAAAAAAAAUGCUAUGGCUCAAGAUACAUAUGAAGAACAUAUUAUUAUCCCACAGGUAUCCUCAGCCCUUUACAAAAAAGAUCUAUCAUCUGGUCUUGUUCAACAGGUCCGAUCUUCUAAUUCAUUACAGUCUGGAACACAAAAUAAAAGUCAUAGAAGUGAUGAACAUCAAAGGCUUCAUUCAGGGAAAAAUACAUUUUUAUGUUCAGAAUGUGGGAAGUGUUUUAAACAUAAAUCAGCUCUUCAUAAACAUGAGAGAAUUCACACAGGGGAGAAGCCAUUUUCGUGUUCAGAAUGUGGGAAAUGUUUUAAAUAUAAAUCAUCUCUUGAUAUACAUCAAAGAAUUCACACAGGGGAGAAGCCAUAUUCAUGUCCAGAAUGUGAAAAAUGUUUUACUCAGAAGAAACUCCUUGUUUCCCAUCAAAGAACUCACACAGGGGAGAAGCCAUUUAUAUGUUCAGAAUGUGAGAAAUGUUUUACACAUAAAUCAGCUUUUCUUACACAUCAAACAACUCACACAGGGAAGAAGCCAUAUCCAUGUCCAGAAUGUGAGAAAUGUUUUUCUCUGAAGUCAAACCUUGUUCACCAUCAAAGAAUUCACACAGGGGAAAAACCAUUUAUAUGUUCAGAAUGUGGGAAAUGUUUUAGACAUAAAUCAGAUCGUGUUACUCAUCAGAGAAUUCACACAGGAGAGAAACCAUUUUUAUGCUCAGAAUGUGGGAAAUAUUUUACUCAGAAGCAACACCUUGUUUCCCAUCUAAGAAAUCACACAGGGGAAAAACCAUUUCUAUGUUCAGAAUGUGGGAAAUGUUUUAAAGAUAAAUCAGGUCUUGGUAAACAUCAGAGACUUCACACAAGGGAGACGCUGUUUAUAUGUUAAAAAAAAGAAGGUGGAAAAUCUAAUCUUGUUCUAGAUCAGCAACUUCACAAAGAAGAGAAACCAUAUUCAUGUUCAGAAUGUGGAAAAUGUUUUACUUGAAAAAAAUAUUUUGGUGCAUAGCAGAAAAUUCACACAGGAGAGAAGACAUAUUCAUGUUCAGAAUGUGGGGAAUGUUUUUUUUUUUACUGAAGUCAAGCCUUGCUUACUAUCAGAGCACUCACACAGGGGAGAAGCCAUAUUCAUAUUCAGAAUGUGGGAAAUGUUUUUCACCUAAAUCAAACCUUGCUUACCAUCAGAAAACUCACACAGGGGAGAAACCAUUGUCAUGUUCACAAUGUGGGAAGUGUUUUAGAAGUAAAUCAUAUCUCGUAAUACAUCAAAGAACGCACACUAGGGAGAAGCCACAUUCAUUUUCAGAAUAUGGGAAAUGUGCUGCAGAUAAAUCAGCUCUUGUUAAACAUCAGACAAUUCACAAAGGGGAGAAAUAAUUUUAAUGGGUCUUAUGUAAAAAAUGUUUUCACGUUCUUUUUGUGUUUCUGUAACAGACCUACUUUGUUUCAUUGCUAUCCAAGAUGUUUGUUCCAUGAGAAAUACUGGGAUAUACACAUUCUCAUCUACUAUAUGGUGUCUUUUAGUUUCACCUGUACAUUCACAUGCGGUUUGUUAUAAUAAACUAUUUACUUGAAUAUAAAAAAAGUUUUCACCAAAAGUUAGCUGUAUUGGCAUA